GCCACGCCUAUUGAACACAAGAAGAACAGUCACAAAUAAGCGUAGCAAGUUGACAGCUGGCAGAAAUCGUUUAGUUCUACCUCCUUCAUUCUUGUAUUCCUCGCGUUGCGCUAAUGGAGCAUCUUGGCCGAGCAUUGUGCAUCAUCACCGGGGCGUCCAAAGGUUUUGGCCGGGCGCUUGCAAAAGAGAUGGCGCGGGUGGUGAAGCCCGGAUCGGUGUUCGUCCUGGUAGCCAGAUCUGGUGACGAGCUGCAGACUCUCAAGACAGAGUUGGUCGAGUCGGAAUUGGAGGUUCGAUGCGUGGUGUUGGAUCUCUCCCAGAUGGAAGCACCAGAGAGGGUCGUCCAGACCGCGAAAGAGUAUUUUUCACCGGACAUAGAACAUGUUAUUCUCGUUAACAACGCUGCGGCUCUAGGUGACGUGUCCCGAUUCUCCAAAAGCUUUACCAGCAUGGCCGAGGUGGACUCCUACCUAUCUUUCAAUGUCAGCUCUGCUUUGUGUCUCACUGCCCGCGUGCUGCAAGCCUUUCCAAAGCAAUCAGGUUUGUGCCGCUGCGUGAUCAACAUCUCCUCACUGUGCGCCCUGAAGCCGUUCUCCUCUUGGGUGCUGUACUGUACUGGCAAGGCGGCCCGAGAUAUGAUGUUCAAGGUUCUGGCAGAAGAGGAGCCAGACCUGCGUGUGCUCAACUAUGCUCCAGGUCCAUUGGACACAGACAUGCAGUUAGUAGCCAGGACCAGAACGGGGGAAAUGAGCUUAAGAAAGGCGUUUGCCGACAUGUUUGAUGAAAGCCAGCUGCUCACAUGUGAGACCUCAUGUGCUAAGCUGAUGAAGCUGCUGCUGGAAGACAAAUACAAAUCAGGAGAUCAUAUUGAUUUCUAUGACAUGUAGGGCCUGCAGCACAUUACAGAGCACACAUCCAGUUAUUCAUUGAGUGUGGACCUGACUUUUUAUAUCUUGAAUGUGUCAUAUUGUUACGCUCACAUGUAUAAUGUAAGACGCAUUUAUUUUGUAUCAAAUCAACGGCAAAGUAUUUCUGAAGAUCUGUUGUAGUAGAUUGAUCAUACUUUUUAAGAAAUUAUUUUGAAAAGAGAGUGCCUGCCAGCAUUCUAAAUAUAUUCCAGGGCCUUUGUCUGAACUCUUAAAAUAACUUUAAUUUUGUUGCCUUAACUAUCAAUAUUUCUUUCAGACGUUAUAUUAUAAAUAUAUUACAUGGCCUUUGUCUGACCUGUUAUUAAAAUAACUUUAAUUUUGUGACCGUAA